AUGGAAAGUUUCGAGUACGCAUCAAAUCAAGCAUCUCGGCCGACUGAUAUCCAGAACGAUUUAUCAAGACAGUUGGAUGAAUUGUAUCAACAGUCUCCAGAAAGUUCUCCAACACCAGCUUAUGUGCUAACUACUGCUAAUGACACUCUGAGUGGUCAAAUUAAAGCAAGGUUUCGGGAGGCUAAGAAAUGUUAUAGUGGUAAACGUAUUAUACUUAUUCCGUAUCUACUGGAAAAUCAUCAUUGGACUGGAAUUUUAAUUGAAUGGAACUCGAUAGAAGAGAUUGAACGAUCUCAAUUUAUUGAUCCUGUCACAGGUUCCGACAGUAUUCCAGACAAAUUACAGAAAAACUUCAUCGAAAUAUUUGCAAAAAAUGUCUUACAUUCUAAAACUAUGUUAAAGCACGAAGAUCGAACCAAAAGUGCAAUGCUAACCAUAGCCAACUUAUUAAAGGCAGUGCAAAAUUCAGGUUUGCAUCAAUCAUCAAGCCAGCAGAAUUUUAGUUCAUUGUCGACUAGCGAAGGAUUAUCAGCUUGGCAUAAAGAUCAAGACGGUUCUACAACAUCCUGUGAAGGUAAUCAAAUGAAUUUAGAUGAACUCGAAAAAAGACUCAGUAGUGGCUUAGCGAAAUUCAAAAUAUCUGAUAUGAACAUAUUGUCAGACAGAAUUCGACGAUCAAAAGAUCGAAUUGAAGAAUAUCGAGCAACAGAAAGAAUAGAGGAUGCAGAAAAGGAGAUGAAAUAUUUGAGAGAAUACGAAAUGUUAGCGGAACUUGCUGAAAAAAUCAAUCGAGCAAAAUCGAAUGCUUCGAAGUUAGAUACAACAAAUUUAGAAAAACAGUUAGCUGAUGAUCUAGCCAAAAUGCGAAUUUCAGAUGUAAAACUAUUGUCUGCGAGAAUAGCACGAUCCGAAAAACGGAUCGAUGAAUAUCGAGAAGAAGGUAGAUCAGAUGAAGCUGAAAAAGAACAAAAAAUUUUAAAUGAAUGUAAAAGAUUACAAACACUUGCUGAAGAUAUACGUACUCGAAAAUCGAUGGGUAGCGAUAGUGAACAAAGUAAAUUAUUCAAGCUUAAACAGCUAGAACAAAGAUUAACUACUGGUUUAGCGAAUAUGAAAAUUGUGGGUCUUACAAAAUUAUCAGAUAAAAUUAUUAGAUCCGAAGAACGAAUAAAGGAGUAUGAGGAUGAAGGCAGAAUUGAUGAUUUGGAAAAAGAACAGAAAUAUUUGAAUGAAUAUAAAAUGUUACAAAAACUUGCUGAAGAAAUUCGUUCUUUAAAACUUGACGUUACUGAUCUAGGAGUAGAUGAAUUAGAACAGAGAUUGAGCAGUGGUUUAACUAAAUUUAAGAUUUCAAAUGUAACAGAUUUACCCGAAAAAAUUCGACGAUAUGAGCAACGAAUAAAAGAAUAUCAAGAUGAAGGUCGUAUAGACGAAACAGAGAAUGAAAUGAAUUAUUUGAAUGAAUUGAAUAAACUUCAAAAGCUAGCAGAUGAUCUAUCUACUCAUAAAAUAAAGACAUCUAGUCCUUCAGGUGAUCCUGAAUCCAAACUUCGCAUAUUAGAAGAGAAACUAGCCGAGAAACGAAUUAGUGAAUAUCAGGAAGAAGAUCGAAUCGAUGAAGCUGAAAAGGAACAACAAUAUUUAAGAGAUUUAAAAGCAUUAAGUAAACUGACUGAUGAAAUAAAGAGUCUAAAAGCGAGUAUGGAGAAACCAUUUGUAGUUGUUUCACCACAAUCGAUUCCUAUUGUUCUAGAAGUUGUGGAUAGUCGUCCGAGUACGAAAUAUGAUUCCGAGAAAAAGAAAUUAGAUGAGCUUGAUAUUCUUCAUGAAGAUUGGACUGCUAUGCAAUCAUGUGCGGAAAAAACUGCCAUGCAACUUUGGGAACAUUUUCAGCGAAUGAAUUUAAACGGAAAACAGAUUCCAUACGAUCAAACCUUCAUUAACGAGACGUUAAACCAACUACAAAAGCAAAUUCAGAAACAAGAAUUAUUCUCCGAGAAAAUUCAAGGAAAUUUGCAAGAUUUAGAACGCUACGUAUCUAUUCGUAAUAUUCCCUUGACAGUACGUUGUUUAGUCGAACUUUUAAUGAAAAUUCGACCAUUAGAUGUUCAAGAAGUUGAGCGACUUGUUAAAAAAGCCAAAGAUGCUGCUAAACUUAUUGCUGGUAAAGAAAUAAUACUUUUAAUCGGUGAAACUGGAACAGGAAAAUCAACCACAAUACAGUUUCUGACCGGUUCAAAAAUGAAACAGAUGAAAGUAGAAGUUGAGUCUGGAAAAUUCUUGGAGCACAUUACUGUAGAUGGACCUAUUAGAAACCUUGAUUUGAUGGGUGUAACAAAUAGUGCUUUCAGUAAAUCAGAAACUCGAUAUAUCGCACCUGUAACAAUUCCAUUGAGGGAUAUUUUUGGUCCCUAUGAAUUCGGAGAAAUCAUUGUAUGUGAUGCACCAGGUUUUGGUGAUACGGCAGGUCCAGAAGUCGAUAUUGCUAAUGGAGUAGGUGUCAUCGAAGCUUUGAAAGGAUGCAAAAGUGUCAAAAUUCUUGCUCUUUCAAGUUAUAAAAGCUUAGGUGAUAGAGGACAAGGUAUUCAGAAACUUGCUCAUCUCUUAAUUAAUAUGAUACAUGGAAUUCAAGAGAGACUUAGCGCCAUUCUCUACGCUUUUACUAAAUAUCCACCAAAUAUUGACAUAUCUGCUUUGUUAAUUGAUAUCAAAAUUUCUAAAGUCGAUACAAAUCCUUUGCUACGAUCAGAUAGUGCGUUUGUAACAGUAUUGACAGAUAUGAUCAAUAAAACUAAAGUUGGUGCUGAAAAUAUUAAUCCACUUAGUGGAGAUCCGAAAAGUCUUAUUGAAAAAUUGAAGUAUCUACGUGGUAUUAUGUAUCCUUCAGAAGUAUUUCAAUUUUCGAUUAGUGAAGAAACUCAAGCUUGUGUCGCGAAUCAAGCACAACGAGAUAGUUCUAGUGUUAAAUGUGCAUUAAAACACAAAGAUAUUGAUCUUGUUUUGCACUAUUUAGAUAAAUUAAAAUCAUUAAAAGGUUUACUUGAAGUUAAAGUAACAAAAAAAUUUAAUCGUUCGUUGGCUAGUCAAGAUGGAUUAAGAGAAGAAGAUAUUGAUGAAUAUAGAAAUUCGAUUCAAUAUAUUCAAGAUAGUCAAAAAUUAGUCACAUACUUAGAAGGCGAUCUAUUGUCACCUGAUUCAUUGAUACAAAAUAUCAAUAGUGAACUUCAAAACAGAAGCCAAAAAGUCGAUUUUAUCUAUCUUGAAAUACAAAUAGUGCAAAAUGUAGCUCUUGAAAUUCUCUAUCGAAUGGUGUAUAAACGUCUAUUGUGAAAC